AUGGAGUGGGAGACAGCCUCGAGGAAAGAUGCUGCGUGCAAUGUUGAGAGUGAUAAACCAGGAGCCUGUGUGCGGUCACAGAAGCCUGUGAUAGCUGUAUUGGACUACAGUCGUCUACAGACUCAGCCUGAGUGGAAGAGAAUUAUCCUCAUCUGCGAGGGACAGCCAAUGAUAAUGAUGAUGUUUGAUGAUGUGUUCAACUGGGUUUUCAUUACGAUGAAGCUGACAGUCGUUAAGUUUUUGUUUUGGCUGUGUAAAAUUUUAAUUCCCCCAAUAUUAUGGAUUAGCAUAUUGCUUUUGGAUGGCGAUUACUAUACAUGUGCUAAGAUCGAUAUUACAGAAGUGGCCAAUACGACGUGCGUCAAGUUCCAGUGCGAUCGCGACCUCAACAAUUUCUUAACUGGACAACGACAUCAUUGUGAUUUUUCGCGGCUCAUUGGUGGCCUUUUAAUUUUCGUGUCCUUGGUCUGCCUACUAUUCUUCUAUUUUAUUUAUUACUACACUUACGACAAAAGUAAAUAUCGUUACGAGAUUGAAUAUAUUUGUAUACGUAAGAACAAGGAAACACAGAUAAUGAUGGAAAAAUUAACAGAGAAAGCAAAUGAAAACGCCCAAGAAAGUGCUAGCAACAAAUUCUCAGAACAAUUUUCGCUCAUUCCUGGGUUUCAAUCAAAUUCUGGACCGAGCAACCUGCUGUUGCAGGAGCUGGAAGUGGCCGCUGCUGUAGUAUUUCAUCUUCACAGUUUGUUCACAAUUGUGGGAAUGCAAGUAGAAGUGUUGCGUUGA